ACUGGUGAGGCGACCGUAGAAGAAGAAUUCAAACGCGUCAUUGUUUUGGUUCGUUUUCUCUGCAGAAAAGUGGGGCCAUAAACACUAACAAUCGAGAACAAAAACACUAAGAAAUAUUUUUAAUCGUGAACAUAACAAGAUCGUCACCAUGACAACAAAACGUGGACUGAUAACCGAUUCAUUUAAAGUGCUGAAGAAAACAAGGAGAGGGGGAAAGCGAAAGAAGACUCCCACGCCUCCUCCAGCACAGCAAGAAGAUGUCACUACAACUGUCAAAGAGGAGGAGAUGCAGCAGCUCAAACAGUUUGACCUGGACUGGAGAUUUGGGCCCUGCACAGGCAUCAGCAGAAUGCAGAGGUGGGAGAGAGCGAAGCUUCAUGGUCUGAACCCACCUGAGGAAAUUAAAGAGCUGCUGCUGCAAACACUCGAUGAUCCUGAGUACUCCAUGAGCCUCUGGAGAGAAUAUCCGUUCUGAGGAAAACAUCAUGAAGAGGACAAAGAUCCAGACUUUUGUGAAAGUCAGGGAUGUUUUUAUUUUGUUGUUUUUAUGGCCAUGCUUGCUGUUUCUCUUAUUCUGCUUCAGUUAAAAGUUUUUAUUAUUUUUUUUAAAUAAAAGAUUACCAUGUAUCUUUCUUUUUGCAUUACAAGAUUGAUACUGUCAUGGAAGUUUCCACUGUUUAAAAAAUAUGCCCAAGAA